CAGCCACAUCCCAGUGAUCGGUGAUCCUGCGACGUCAAGUCGACGGUGAUUCUCAUUGCCGUCGCUGACUGCCACCCAUAGCUGAGCCACGGCCACAACUCACGAGCAGUGUAGACCAGGUCUAGAGCCACCAUUCCCUCGCGCUCGCGGCCUCACCGACGCCCGGUCAUCUUCGUCUCUCACCAGCCACUCGGCCUCGGCCUUGCCCCUCACCCAGUCUUCCUUAGUUCCUUUGCAGUUUGCACUUGCAGGCCUCGCCCAGUCAGUCCCCUUUGCGGCUUGCAGUGCAUUACAAGGAUUUGGGAAAAAAAUGUCUCAGUCAAUAGCGAAUUCAAUUGAUCAAAAUGAUGAAAUGAGUGAAGAAGAAGUUCAGUUUCCAGAUUCAUCAAACACAGAACCUACAAAAGAAACAACUCCACGGGUAAAAAGAGCUAGGAAAAAAACAUCUAGUAUUUGGACAGAUUUUGAGUUGAUUGAAAGUGGAGAUAAACAAUAUGCCCAAUGUAAGUAUUGUCCUAAGAAAUAUUUCUACCAUAGUAAGAACUCUGGGACAUCAAACUUACAUUGUCAUACAAAAAAAUGCAUGGGAAAGAAAAAUAAUGAUCUGAAACAAAUGCUAAUGAGUUAAGGUGAUGGAAAGUUGUCUCUGCAUACACGAAAACUUGAUCAAGUUGUACAAAGUAGGAAGUUGGCAAUGGCAAUUGUGAGACACAAUUUGCCAUUUUCUUUUGUUGAGUAUGAAGGAAUUCAUGAAUGGGCUUUAGAAUUAAAUCCAGAGACAAAAUUUGUGACACGAAAUACUGCAAAAGCUGAUGUUAUGAGGGUUUUUUUCAAGGAAAAAGAGCACAUUCGUGAGCUUUUAUUGAAUAAUUAUAGUAGAAUUUCUCUUACUUCGGACUUAUGGACUUCGUUAAAUACUGAUGGCUAUUUAUGUUUAACUGCACAUUUUGUGGAUAAAAAUUGGAAGCUUCAGAAGAAAGUAUUGAGUUUUUCAAGCAUGCCUCCUCCACACACUGGUCUAGCACUUAGUAACAAAGUCAUGGACUUAUUGGUGAAUUGGGGUAUAGACAAGAAGCUAUUUUCCAUAACAUUGGACAAUGCUACAUCCAAUGAUUGUUUUGUAGAGUAUUUGAAGUCUAAUCUGAACUUGAAAAAUGCUUUGGUAAGGGAAGGAAAAUUUUUUCAUGUUCGCUGUUGCACUCACAUAUUGAAUCUCAUUGUCCAAGAUGGCCUAAAAUUAUUUCGCUGUGGACAAAAUACGAGAUUAUAUCAAAUAUGUGAAGCAUUCACAACAUCGAAAGUUUAGAUUUCAUGAAUGUUGUGAAAAGGUGAGAGUGCCACGUGUGAGAGGAUUUCGCCAAGAUUGUCCUACUAGGUGGAAUUCUACUUAUAUGGUGCUUGAAAGUGCUUUAUACUAUAGAGAUGCUAUUUGCCAAUUCAGGUUUAGUGAGGAGAAUUUCAAGUUAUGCCCAAACGAUGAUGAAUGGAAGGAAAUUGAGAAAAUUGCUAGUUUCUUGAAGGUUUUUUAUGACUUGACAAAUCUUUUUUCUGGGACAUCUUAUCAAACUGCAAAUUUAUACUUUCAAGGAGUAUGGAAGGUACAAGUAACUUUACUUAAUGCGGCAUUGGGUGAUGAUGUCUUUUUAAGGAAUGUGGCUACUCAAAUGCAAGGGAAAUUUGACAAAUACUGGUCAGAUUAUAGUAAAAUUUUGGCAAUGACUGUUAUUUUGGAUCCUCACUUUAAGAUACAAUUUGUAUCUUUUUGUUUAAAAGAAGUGCAACCAAUGUCUUGGAAAGAUCGAGUAAACGACAUCCAGCGUGAGAUGCAUUCACUUUUUGAUGAGUAUGUGAAGCACCACUCCCCUUCAACUUCUAAGAAAAUGCCUUCCUUUGAAGCAACUAUUAGUCAUGAUCGUGGUCAUAUGACACCUAUUGCAACAUCAGUUGAUAUGACACUAAAAGGUUUUAAAGCUUUUGCUAAAGAAGAUGAAGAAGCUCCAAUGUCAGAAUUAGAAAUGUUUUUUAGAGAGAGGAUGGUAGAUUGUGAUAAAGAAUUGGAUAUUUUGGACUUUUGGAGGAUUCAUGAAUAUAGGUAUCCAAUUCUUUCUUGAAUGGCAAGAGAUAUCUUAUCAAUUCCAAUAUCAACUGUUGCAUCGGAAUCAGUAUUUAGUAUUGGAGGAAAAGUGAUAAAUAUGUCACGUAGUUCUCUUACGCCUGAUAAUGCUGAAACUAUCAUUUUAACUCGUGAUUGGCUGUAUAGUCGAGGAGUUGAAGAUUUUGUAGAUAAGGAAGAACUUGCUGAAGAUAUUGCUCAAGCUGAAAGAGCAG